AUGUUUGAAGAACUUCUGGAGAAUCCAAAAGAAUUUGUUGAUAGACUUGCUCAAAAUGAAACUGAUGCACCUGAUUUAGGCAUUAAGAAUCUUCUUGAUCAGUUCAUUCAGCAAAAUCCGCAAGAAUUGGAAAAAAUACCAUUGAUAUGUAACCUUGAAGGAAUGAAUUCUACAGUUCCUGGAUCCCUCGUAAGGGUCAGAUGCAGUAUUAUUAAUUCCAAUAUCAAAGAAUACUUUCCCUUCAGGUACUUAAGUGAUGGUACUUACCAUUCUUGCCUUAUCGACGAAGAAAUAUCUGGAACUCCACAAGAUAUCGAUCCAUCAUGCCUUGGAGAGCGUUAUAUCUAUACUGCUUUCUCUGUAAGGCCAAUGACGAAUUGGCUCUUGAAAGAAAGUGCUGUUACAAUAAACAAACGUAAAGUUCCCACAUUAUCUGAAAAGAAAAAUACAAAAGAAGUCCUCAAAAACACUCAAUUCGAUAUGAUUGUAAAAACAGCUUUCGAUUACAAGAUUAAAAACACUUUCGAUACAGUUGAUGUUAUUGGAGUGUUUUCCACAGCCGAAUACGAUCAUAUCGCAAUGAGAGACAUACCAAAAGAAGUGUAUCCAACAAUUCUUGCACUAACCAUCGUAGAAAGUACAAACUAUACGAAAAGUUUACCAGAUCCAGCAAUUUCUUUGGUAGAACAAAGGAAUUUGGCUCUUGAAGUCCUCUCUUCUGCCUUAGAACCUCAUCAAUCUUUGAUUGUUCUUCUUUGGCUUCUUUCUUUCUAUACUCAUUCGGUUGCUGGAACAGCUUUUGGAUCAUUCAGCCUAAACUUAACAGGAGCAACUUACGAACAAGCGCUAAAACUCAAAGAAGUUCUCGAAAAUAUAAUUCCAUUGUCGAAAUACAUUGAUUUCAAUCAGGAAAGUCUUUCUGAUCAGAAAUUCGUUACGGAAAUUACAGAUGAAGGUGUUUUUGGAAAUUUAAUCGCUUCUUCUGGAUCAAGGUUUAUAAUUGACGAAACUCAACUCCACGAAGGCAAUUUCAAUAAGAAUGGUACACAGAACUUAAUGAUACUUAACAAUCUCAUCGAAAAUCAAGUUAUUCCAGUAACAUAUCACGAUAGUCCAGAAUUUUACGAUAUUAACGCUAAUUACAGAAUACUUGGGCUUUCUUCUUCGAAAUCCCUUCUCAAAUACGAUAUUUCUGUCCCUAUUGGCAAUUUAAUAGAGAAUUUAUCAGAAUUUACUGAAGAACAGUUAAAUGUUGUUAGGAAAUACAUUGAAAAUCAAACUCUGUCUGAUAAAUUGGAGUUUAAUAAAGAAAGAGAACAAAUUGCGAAUAAGAAGCUUGCUGAAUGCAUAACAACGCAUAAACUUUCUCAGGAAAGAGCUCAACUUCUGUUUUUGUUCUUCCUUUUGAAUGUAAGUUCUUAUGGAGACGAAAUCAACUUCGAAUCUGCUCUUGACGAAGCAAUAGAACUGUUUUUCUCUUUUAAUCAAUAA